AUGACCCGCGAGGAGCUAGAGGGUCAUGUUGCAAGACUGCGACAAGAGUUGGAGCGCGAGCGAGAAGAUCGCAACCGAUACCAAGUGGAACGGGACAAAGUUUCCACAUUUUGGGCUAUCGCUAAGCGCCAACUUGAGAUCCGUAAUGCCGAGCUUCGUGUCGCCCAGGAAGCCACAGAGAUUGUGACGGAGCAACGUGAACGGGAGCUCAAUGCCAUUCACUUGCGAGUGCGACAGCUGGAAGCCUCUCAUGCUUCUCAGUUGGCUGAAGUAAAGGCGGAAAUGGCUACUGCCGUGGGACUAGCCGCUCAGGAGGCCAAAGCCAAUACUCGCCAUCCGAGAUUGAUAGAAGUAGAAUUGCGAAAGGAACAGGCCGAUCACAACGAACUUGUACGACGGAUGAAGUUGGAUCAAGAAAAGCAACUUCAUGAACUUCGACAAGUAUUUGAGCAACAAUCGGAGGCGGAGAGGAAGGUUUACAUGGAAAAGUUGAGACAACUGGAAGAGCGAUUAGAUUUACAAAGGCGAACGGAAAUUCAGAUUGUUGAAGACAGUAAAAAUGAGCAAAUUUCGGUGCUAAUAAAGAACCACGAGAAGGACUUCAUGGAUAUAAAAAAUUACUAUCGUUCAAUUACAGCUAACAGUGUCAAUCUCAUUGACAAUCUCAAGACGGAUCGAAUGGCUCGACAAGAGCUAGCUGACAGUUCAAAUGGUUACAUGGCUUUAACAUUCAUCGCUGCUCUUUCUCUCCCCUCCUCUCGGUUCUACCUCCGAAAGGGUCAAAUUGAGGAAUUGCAGAAAAAUGAGAAUCGCAUUGUUAAGGAAAACAGUGCAUUGGUGACUCGUAAUCGCACUCUCGAAAGCGGUCUCUCCCAAUCUCAGCAAGCGUGCAAUAAUUUGAAACGAGCUCUGGAAAACCAUGAACGAGAUGUGAGGGCAUUGAAUAUCGCAAGAUCGCAGCUCAAAAAGUUGAAAAAGACCGUGUCAGACAUGAAAUUGGAUAACGAAGCAUUGCUAGAGCGUCUGCAACUUGUGGAAGGUGAGCGUGAUGAACUGUACAAUCGGUUUGCCAGUGCAGUGGAGGAGGUGAAACAGAGUUGUGGGUUGAAAAAUGCUCUCUUGGAGCGACGAAUGGCAUGUCUGGGUGAGGAGUUGGAGAAAGCGAAGCUACUCCGACUUGCUAACGCAAGGGACAUUGGAGAUGCUGGAAAGGCAGCUGAAGAGCUUGAGGGGACACUUGCUGCCAAAAAUGAUCAAAUCAAAAGUCUCAACUACGAACUUGCUAGAGCGUGCAAGGCCUACAAAGACCUGUUGGAUGUAUUUAGGCGUAAGCUGGAGGACUACGGUAUCAAACAAGAGAAUAUGGGCUUCGAAGUGAAUGAGAAUGUGCUAAUCAACGGUGGGAAGAUGCAAUUUGGCAAAGGACCGGCCGGAUUGAUUACGGUGCAGCCGAAAUGA